UUGCAAAAUGUAAAUAGCUAUGUUAUUGAGUAGUAAUGUCUCUAGGUUGCUUAGCUGUUACAUAUAAAAUAUAAUGAAUCUUUCAGACAACUUUAAGAAUGUUGCAGAUUGUGAUAAUAAAUGAUUUGUUGCCAGUUUAUUGUGUGAGUUUGCUAAUGAUGGUUGCUGGUGGUUUAAUUUUGUAUUGCAGGCCCAACUAUCCUCUUUUUUCAGGAAAAUGCUGGAAAUAUUGCCCAUCGUCUUGAAAUGGUCCGCAUAUUGUUACAACGAUUGAACUGCAAUGUUUUUAUGCUUUCAUACCAAGGAUAUGGUGCCAGUGAUGGAUACCCUUCUCAACAUGGAAUAACAAAGGACACUCAGGCAGCAUUAGAUCAUCUGGUUCAGAGGACAGAUAUUGAUACAUCAAGAAUAGUUUUGUUUGGAAGGUCACUAGGUGGAGCAGUUGGAGCCGUGCUUACUAAAAAUAAUCCUGAUAAGGUAUCAGUCCAAUGAAUUUGUUGACUUUAUUUAUAUAAAAAUAUGCAUGCUACCUGAUUGUAGUUAUUUAUUUCUAAGUCUUGUAUAUUGCUUAUUCCUUUACUAUGAAUCUGUGUCUUCUGGUAAUUGGCUAAGCACCUGUAACCUUGGAGAUCUAAGAUCAUUAUUGAAUCUGC